AUGAAGACCUCUGUUGUCGCUCUCGCUGCCCUCCUGGGUCUCGCCUCUGCCCAGAACGCCGUCGUCAUCAACAGCUGCUCUGAAACAGUCUACGUGCAGUCUUUCCCGUACAACGGAGGUGCCCCCGGCCCUCUUACCACCCUCCAGCCUGGACAGUCCUUUUCCGAGCAAUUCAGACCCUCUGGCUCGACCAUUAAGAUUGCCAAGACCAAGACCCUGAACAGGCCGUUGUUCUUUGGAUACUCGUUCAGUUCAAACCCGGACUACGCCUACUACGAGUUCAGCACGGAAUGGGGGAAUCCGUUUGCCGGAAACCGUAAUGUCUUGUCUCCUGGCAGUGGCUGCGAGGCGUUUGAUUGCCAGGCCAACGAUGGUCAAUGCUACAGCACGCCUGCGCACAAGAAGGUUUAUGGUUGCCCCCGGCCGGUCAACCUGACUGCCCAGCUCUGCAAGUAA